AUGGAGCAAAGCUAUGGAGAACUUGUGAAGGAGGCAAUUUUCCUCUUGGACAAGUUCACUGCAGGGAGAGCAAGUUUGGAUGAUUUUAUAGAAGAUGCAGCAAAGGAGCUGCAGGACAUGGAACCCGAGUCAAUGAAGUUCAUUCUUGAUCUCGUCUCUGGAUGCAUCGAAUACAAGAAGUUACUGGACAUAGUUAUCAAUCCUUUUGUUGGCCAGGGUGGCAAACUUAUAUCCAAACGUUAUCACAACCAUUUUGUUGUAAUCUGUUACCUCACCAUAUUCCAUUUUGAUGACCUUGGCCUUAAAGGUUUCAGCAACAUUGUCAAAUCUCUGGACAUUAAAAGCAUGCACAAUUUCCUGAGAUUCUUCUUCAUGAACCUCACAACUUGGAUACAAGAUGAGUGGAAUCGUGUCUAUGAUGUUGCAUAUGUGAAGGACCACUGGAUUGACCCCUUGCUCAGGAAGCGCUCAGAGAUUGAACUACUCAUGGAGAAGCUUGCUGCCAAAGUGUCUGGAGGAAUGCGGUUACGCAAAGCUCCACCCAAAACUACUGACCCGAUGGAGUUCUCCUUUUACCAACAUAAACCAUCGUUUCCACGUCAGCUUCAACUCAGCCCUCCGCCGGAUAAACACAAACAAAUACCUGGCAGCACAUACAGGACUCCAAGAUUGGCCCAGCUCAUAGAAGAAAUAAAACAAAGGAACCAUGAAAUGUCUGAGGAGCUGCUAUAUGAGGUUAAUUCAAGAGAGUUUGGAUUUGCAAGACCAAGAAGAACGGAUUGCACACAGCGACUGAUGUACCAGUUAAGAGAAGAUAUGGAAUCAAAAAUGCGGUUGGAAGCAUUUAAUGCUACGGCACCUCCCAUAGCUAAGGAUGUCCUUCCUUUCAAACUCAAUACAGCAGCCAUGCUGAGGCGGCGUGUGCUUCAUGACCGCCACGUGGAGGACAAGCUGCAGAGAAUAGAGAAUCUGGUGGAAGGAGCAAACGAUCCUUCAGUUUUUCUACAGAAGGAAAAGGAAAUGCUCGUGAAAGACCGUCAGGAUUUUUUGGCAAAGAUUGAGCAGAGGCACGCCAAUGUUAUUCUGAGUCAUUGGGAAACCGUUUUGGCCCGUGCACAAAAAGUAGAACGUAACAAGAAGGCUGCGCGGAUCAUACGAGAAGAGAUAGUUAAGCGGACUGAACAAAAAGCCCAGGAGAAGUUGGAGGAGGUAAAAGAAAAGAAAGAAUUAGUACAACAAGUGACAGAGAGUCACAGCAACACCCAAAAAGUUACAGAGAGGGUGAAGAAAGCCAAGCAGAGCGCCGUCAAAGACUUUGCAGUGUACAAUAAAGAGAUGGUUCGUCAAGCACAAGAGGCGGCCAAGUUAGAGCUUACCAAGAAGUUGGAACUCAUCAGUGAAAUCCACGCAUUGGAAUGUCUCCCCAACAUCCGAUGCAACAUGUUUGAUCGUACAGAGAUUGCAGGUCACGAGCUGCUGGUGGAGAUGUCCCACGCUGAGUUGAAGGAGCGUCUGUUCCUCUUGAAGGACGCAGAGGCGAUUGAGCAGAAGAAGAAACGAGCCAUCAUCCAGAAGGAGAAGCAGAAAAAGAAGAAGGUGCUGUUGGGGGACAUGGAGAAUAUCAAUCUCCACAAUCGAGCCAUGGCGAUGGCCACGAUGCUCAGGAAAGAGGAAGAGAAGAAAUCCAAGAUGGAAUUGCAGAAGACCGUAGUACAGAACAAAAAGGUCUUGGCUCUGCAAAAGAAGAUUGAAGAGGUGAAGAGGGAGUGUCAAAAAUUGAAGAAAAAUGAAAGUAACCAAGCCAAGACAUCCAAGCAUUCAGCGACACACCCCGAUGGAACCAUAAAGACCCAUGGCAAAGAUGGAUUAAAGAAAAUCAACUGGGAGGACUUGGAGCAGUGCUUAGAACAGUAUAUAGAUAGGAAAGACUCGCAUAUUAUUUCUCAGAGAGGAGCUCCCUCAAGAAACAUAUUCAAAUAAAUUCCAUUUUAUUUGUGGAGACUCUUACCACACUGGCAAGUUAUAUGAAGCCACUUGGAAGAUAAUAUGAGACAAUAUUGGUCAUGUUUGCUCAACUGAGUCAUUAAGUUAACAGUGUGUUUUGUUUAUUAUUGCACUGUAUUUGCAUUACAACACCAAUAAUAAAACACAGCAAAAUACUUUUUAGAAAGCAAAUAUCCACAGAAAUUUUAUAUUUAUAUCAGAUUUUCUUGACAGUUGUAGGCUUCA